ACCAUAUAUCAGACUCCACAAAUACAGUACAUCUGACCUAUACGCCCUUUCUUCUCCUUUGUCGCCUGAACCGGUUUUGGAACAAACGCUUCUUUUUCCAUUCACUCAUCUCUCUCAGUGAUCACUACCACCUGCUGCUGCAUUCAGCGUCAACGGACGAGCCAAAAACAGCAUCGAAAUUAUCAGCGACGCUCUUCAUCGACAACAAUAACAACCCCCCAUCAACGCCCACGCACAAAAAAUGCUCCCAACACCCCUAACAGCCCUCCUAACCUCCUUCCUCAAACCAUCCCACCUCGUCACUCCAACAAACAACCAUUGUACGACAAACUCCUACCCAACCGCUGACGACGAUGCCACCAUCACGCCCCCCAAAACACCUCGUCGUGGUUCGAAUACGUCGUCAAGUGGAUCGACGACUGUUGGGGAUGUUGAGGAGACCGACGAGGAUGGCGGAGUUUUUGGGGACUGGGUGAGGGAGGUUGAGAGGGUUGCGGGCGAGAAUGGGAGGGGAACUUGGUGGGGGGACGAUAUGGAGGGUGACGUGAAAGAGGAGGAUGGUCACAUCUCGCAUCGCGAACUCUUUUAUCGGUUGAUGAAUGUCGAGGAUUAUCCUGACGUCCUGCCAAUCGCCCGCACAUUCCUCCAAUCCCAACUACGCCUCUCCGCCAUCCAAGCCGCCCACGACGCCGCUGCCUCUAAGCUCACCCAAACAACACCCCCAGCCACCCUCGGCGCCGCCAUGCGCAACGGGUACGACCCCGCCGCCCUGGAAUCCUUCAUGCUCGCCCAGCACCAACGCACCAUGGACGCGUACCAUGAGUAUCGCGCCGGAUGGGAUCGUCGGAUGGAGGAGUGGGAGACUCUAAGAGCAAAGACGAGGAAGGGAGAUGAUGAGGAGGUGGAUGAAGAGAAAGAGGAAGCGGAAGCCCUGCGAUACGCGAAUACGAUGUUUCCGAGCCGGGCGUUCGCCGAAUGGUGGCUGUUGCAGAACGCGCCGACCAAACUAGUCGACGGAGCGUGGUUACAGCACGUUGUAGGCAGCGGCACUUCCGCGCCGUCGUCGUCGGAUUCCCACUCCCCAUUCCCGCCUACAACAACAACCUCACCACAACCGCACCACCACCACACGCAAGCAAAACGCACCGCCCUCCCCCUUUACACCACCUUCAUCGAAGAACUCGGCGACGGCAUUCUCCCACAAAACCAUGUCACGGUCUACACCCUCACCCUCUCCUCCACUAGCCCCUCCCUCCCGCCCGCCCACUCCUCCACCUUCGCCCACACACCCACCAUCCUCACCCCCGCCUUCACCCGCGGCUGUAUCCAGCUCGCCCUCGGCCAAUUCUCCGCGCACGAAUUCUUCCCGGAGGCCCUGGGAUAUAACCUGGGGUAUGAGCAGCUCCCGCUGCAUUUGUUGGUGACGAGUUGGGAGUUUGAGCGUAUGGGAUUGGACGCGACGUAUUUUUUGCUGCAUGUCAGUAUCGACAACGCGGCGAAUGGCCAUGCGAGGCUGGCUGUCGAUGCGGUGAGGAACUAUUUGGAGUGGGUGAGGACCGUCAGUGGGGUUGAUGUAAUGAACGAACAUUGGCAACGCAUCGUGGCAGGCUUCUACCUCUCUGAACGCAACCCGCUCCAACCGCAUAUCGAUCGGCGCCGGCAACUCGAACGGUCCCUCACCACCCUCACCUCCUCCCCGACCACCACACCCACCCCGCACCAAAUCCUAACCCACGCCGUGUCCCACAUCCUCGCCCGGAAAUCCCCUUACGCCCACCGCAUCCACUCCCCGCACUCCCGGCUCGGGUCCCACCCGUUGCACUACUGGCUCGACCCCGCCCACAUCCACACACGGAAAGAUGAGCUGGUUGAGGUGUUGAGUAGGGAGAAACGGUGGGUGUGGAGAGGGAGGCCGGAGAGGAGUGGGUUGUUGGCGGGGUUGUGUGGGUUCGGGGGGCCGAUGUUUGCGGUUUUCGAUGAGGGGGAACGGAGGGUUCUCGGGGAGUGGAUUCGGGGGUUGAGUGGUGAUAAAGACGAGGUGGAGGUGGAGGGUGUCUCAACGCAGAGAGAGAGUGGUGGGAAAUGCCCGGUUUCGGGACUUACCACCACGGGACCCACAUGCCCGUUUGCGAUUUCGAGGAGUACGGAUACUGAACAACCAGGGUCGGAUACCUCUUCGAUAUCUGACUCUCCGCCACCGACGUCGACGUACACGCACCCACCCGCCCUCCUAUCCCUCCUCCGCGCCAAAUCCCGGCUCGGGCGAACCCGACACAACACCCUCACGCUGCAAACCCCCACGGGCUCCACGAUACGGAUCAACGACCUGCUUGCGCGGGGUACCCCGGGGGAGAUUGCGGAUGCGAUUGUUGCGAGUGGGAUGUGUGAGGCGUUUGCAAGGGCUUGUGAAGUGGGGGGGUGUAUGGAGCGGUGGUUCAAUGGGGAAGAGAGGGGGGUUGUUUGGGGGUGGGUUCGCGAAGUUGCGGAAAAUUCCGACAGUGCGGAUGCGCAGGAUACAGCAGAACCCACACGGACCGUCUCAGCGUCCGCGGACCCGUCCAGACCACAAGCCGCGGGCGCCGAUUCCCCCAGCGAGUUCACUCCCACCCUCGCCGCACAACCAAAGGAGUUUGCAGCAGACCCCGACAUAGUCUCCCUGGCCCUCGACAUCCUCUCCACCGCGACCUCCCCCAGCACCACUCCACUCACCCACCCGCCACCCACCCCGCUCCCACCCCUCCCCGCCCUCCCCACCAUCCCCUUUCCAACCCUCACCGCCGUCCUCCGCCAAACCUCCACCGCCGGCCACAUCCUCGCGCGCAAGAUCCUCGACACGCCCAUCCCGGAGUUCACCUCCAUGUGUGCCGACACCGCCGCGGGGGGGCGGAAGCCACGACCGACGACCGGGGCCGCGAUCCUCCCCCUCCUACGGCUGCUGGCGCUGGGCGUACCCCUAGACCGGUAUUUCACGCCCGCGCGGCACCCGACGGCGCUCGGGGCCGCGUUGGUGCGGUUCCGGCGUGCGUGGGUCGAGUCCGCAGUGUUCGACAGCCUCAUCGAGCGAGCCAGCGUCGGUUCCACCAUAUCGCAGACGACCGGACAGGUGCAGGCGCUGGUCGUCCACCUCCUCGCCGUCUCGACCCACCCCACGCACGCGCACACGACGACGCUGCUGGCCUCCCUCGCCACACUCAGCGCCCCGGCCUUGCUCAACCGGAUCGGGAAAAUGACACAUGCGCCCGCGAGGGAAUGGGCGCGGUUCGCGACGGCCGUCGAGAAGGCGUGGAGGGAUGUCGAGGCUGUCGCGAAGGCGGAGAUGGACUGGAAGUGUGUGGAGCGGAGACGGGGGGAACUGGAAACGUUGUGGGAGAGUGGUCUGGGGAUGUGAGGGGUGAUUGGAUAUUGCGAGGGGUUGUGAAGCUGAUGGGGGUUUUUUUGGGGGGGAAGGGGGUGUACGUAAGAUAUAUAUAUAUACCCCCCCGAACGAGGCCCCCUUUUGUGUUUAUGGACGGUGGGGGUUUGGGCAAUACAUUUUUUCUGAUACGGGAUGAUUGAUACGUUGGAUUUCGGCGGUGUUCCUCUCUAUAGUCUCAGCGCGUGGGUUUCCACAAAAACAAAAAGAGCACUCGGCUCGA